CUGGGACAAACAGUUCAGUCCAGAUAGUACACAGAAAGAGUGCAGAAUUUGCGAAAUGACAUCGGAGUCGGAAAAGGAAAAAGCAAUGUUGGAGGGUGUUGAAGGAAUCAUUGUGGGACUCUCCCAUGUUAUUAAGCAGUGCCAGUCCAGCACCUAUUCGAAACUGGAGCUGUUCCGCCUGCAGAAUGCCAUUGGAAUCAUUGACAGAGACAUGCUCGACUACCCGGGAGCGGCCAAGGGGCAACUGGACCAGUUGCGGUCCCGAUGCACACAGGUCCUUCGCUCGUACGACCAAUGCGUCAAUCCGGUCUUCGGGAGCAGUCUAUCGAUGGGUAGGACCCUCAACUGCACCCUGCCCACUGUGGAGAGGCAGGAUCUGGGGGCGGGCGACAAGGAGAUCUUGUGGGGCGUGAUUGCCGAGUCGCUCAAUAAGGGCAAGGCCAGCAUAUCCGAGUCCUUGGACUGCAUGAGCAACCUUCAAACGGAAGUGGCCAGUCUGACAGGCUUGUUGGAUCAGAUGCUGGUUCACAUUAAGAACGAUUAUACAGAGCUGGGCAGCUGCACCAAGACCAUCCAGGAUCUGAGAGAUAGAGACGAAAGGGUCAAAAAAUGUUUCAAAGAAACCAAGAAAUUUUUAAAGGAUCUAUAUAAAGCCGCACUACAAUUUUUUGAAAAUUAUACAAAAAUGAAAAAAGUCCCCAAGGUAGGGGAUGAGGUCGUCGAUCCAGUAAUAGAUGCGAUUGUCGAGGAGCCGGAAUCCAACGAGCAGAAAAUAGACCGUAUCCAAGUAUACCUCAACUGCCUCACGAAUAAAAUAAAUGAAGCCAAAAAAAUCGUGGAUGAGGUGCUUGAGAAUUUGAAAGAGUUCCAGAAGCACUUUCGAGACCUCGAGAAUCGGAAACGAGUUGACGGGGCGUGUUUGGAGGGAAAUCCGGAACUAAUUCGCCGCUUGAAGGAUUUGAACAGGGCCUGUCAGUCCUACAACACCCAGCGCAAUUGAGCUCUAGAAACAUGAUUCGGAGAUCCUGUGUAUUAUAUAGAUAUAGAUAGUACUUGGAAGAUGUAUACUCCUAUUGUUUUUGAAUAAACCACUAAUCUUGAAAGCCCAGAACCUA